AUGGAUCCUUACAAACCAAUUGUUUUAGAUCAGGGCACUGGUUUUGUCAAAAUAGGUCGUGCAGGUGAAAACUUCCCUGACUAUACAUUCCCAUCAAUCGUGGGUAGGCCGAUCUUGAGGGCAGAGGAGCAAGCUAAUAUUAAUAUUCCCUUGAAAGAUAUAAUGAUUGGUGAUGAGGCCAGUGAAGUGCGUCCUUAUUUGCAAAUCUCGUAUCCCAUGGAGAACGGUAUAAUCACAAAUUGGGCUGAUAUGGAACACCUAUGGGACUAUGCAUUUUACGAGAGGAUGAAGAUACCAUCCACCUCAGGUGGUAAAGUUUUAUUGACGGAGCCUCCAUUGAAUCCGUUAAAAAAUAGAGAGAAGAUGUGUGAAGUAAUGCUUGAAAAGUACGAUUUUGGUGGGGUUUAUGUUGCGAUCCAGGCAGUUUUGGCAUUGUAUGCUCAGGGGUUAUCGUCAGGGGUUGUUGUGGACACUGGUGAUGGUGUUACACAUAUUGUGCCUGUUUAUGAAUCUGUCGUUUUGACCCAUUUAACGAGGAGAUUGGAUGUUGCUGGUAGAGAUGUUACUCGGUACCUGAUUGACUUACUCUCUCGUCGUGGAUAUAACUUCAACAAGACAGCCGAUUUUGAAACUGUGAGACAAAUUAAAGAGAAGCUUUGCUACGUUUCGUAUGAUUUAGACUUGGACACGAAAUUGGCACGCGAAACAACCACUUUGGUCCAGCAAUAUGAGUUACCUGAUGGUCGAGUCAUUAAGGUUGGCUCAGAAAGAUUUGAAGCCCCAGAAUGCCUAUUCCAACCUGAUUUAGUUGAUGUGGAACAGCCAGGCAUUGGUGAACUUUUGUUUAAAACUAUCCAAUCUGCUGAUGUUGAUAUUGUGACGACGUUGUACAAGGCUAUUGUUUUGUCUGGUGGUUCAUCUAUGUAUCCUGGGUUACCUUCUCGGUUAGAGAAAGAAUUAAAACAGUUAUGGUUUACCAGAAUUUUGAAGGGUGAUCCAACACGUUUAGACAAAUUUAAAGUUAGGAUUGAAGAUCCUCCAAGAAGAAGGCACAUGGUGUUUACUGGUGGUGCUGUUUUAGCAAAUAUAAUGGCGGAUAAAGACCAUAUGUGGCUAACUAAAAGAGAAUGGGAAGAAUCUGGUCCAGCAGCAAUGUCCAAAUUUGGGGCAAGGUAA